CUCUGUAAACAUAGUCAGUGUUCAAUGAUGUAAGCCUUUGAUGUUCGGCAAGACUCACAUCCUUCCUGCGCCGAUUGAACAGCUCAUUUCAAUCCUAGUAUCCCAAUGCAUUAGCAUUGUAUUACCUUCAGUCUCUCAAGUUUCUUUCAAACACAUCUCUGUAAAUUCUUGUGAAUAAACAUGAUCCACUGGACAGUGAAGAUUUCGACAAUUUUAUUGAUCUCUUGUGUUGAAAUUGGUGCAUACAAUUUGGAUACAACAAGUGCAAUUCUCUUCAGUGAUCCCAAUGCAGGAUUCUACAGAAAGGGAAGUUACUUUGGAUAUUCCGUGGCUCUUUACGCGAACCCUGCUGAUCCUCUGGUGAUCAUUGGUGCGCCCAGGGCGAAUAUCAGUAGAUUAUUGGGAAUAAGAGAACCCGGGGCUGUUUAUUAUUGUCGGUUGACUGGCUACUGCAAAGAGUGGCCACUCGAUAGCUCCAGAAAUGGUGAACUUCAUGGAAUCGAAGGGAUUAAUCAGAUGCUCGAUGAGUCCUGGAUUGGCGCUACGAUUUCUGUGGAGAAUAAAUCGCAGCCCAGAGUUGUGGUUUGCGCUCCAAGAUGGAAAAAUAUUCUGUGGGGCGCUCCGUUCAUGAAUGGAAUCUGUUACUAUACGGUUGCCAAUUCAUCCAGUGCCUUCCAAAAACCCGUCCAAAAGUUCAUUACGGAAUUGGCGUUUCCUCGGCGACAGGUGACAGAUGGAGAAUUUCGUUACAAUUAUUUUGCGAUGGGAGAAUUGGGAUUUUCCAUUCACCAAUUUUCGGACGAACCCAUUUGGGAUGCUAUGGUGGGAGCUCCAGGGUGCUAUGCCUGGACAGGAACUCCAGUGAUGAUUUCCGAGAAUAAACCAGGGAGACUUAGUUCAUUGAUAUCUGAGAAGUUCGAUGAAAAUACUCAAUUAAGUGGGUACAGUGUGACGUCGGGAUUUUAUUUCGACGAUAAGAGGAGGUGGUACGUCGCCUCAGCCCCUCAGACUAAUGACCUCAAGGGAAAAAUAGAAAUUUUCCAGUAUGACGGCAAUCAUCCUUUCAGAGGAGUGAAGAUCGUCACAGGCACACAGAGUGGUGAGUACUUCGGGGCCUCACUAACUUCCUGCGAUGUCGAUAACGACGGGAGAGAUGAUUUGAUCGUUGGUGCUCCAUCCUGGAGCAUGAAUGGAGACGAGGGGAGAAUUUAUGUUAUUUCAGCGAGGAGAAACGGAAAUGGCUUCGACAGGACUUCGAUCGAUGGAAAAUUCGAAGGAGGUCGAUUUGGAUCGAGCGUUGUAUGUCUAGGUGACCUGGAUCAUGAUGGCUAUGGAGAUGUUGCUGUGGGGGCACCCUAUGAGGAUAAAUCCGGCGCUGUUUAUAUUUUCAACGGUGGUCGUUAUGGGUUAAUCACAGAGCCAAGUCAAAAGAUCCUCGGUAAGGAUUUUGGCAGGUUGAGUGGCUUCGGAAUUGCUAUUUCUGAACCCAGGGAUGUCGAUGGAAAUGGUUAUCCUGAUAUUGCUGUUGGGGCUUACAGAUCUGGCCACGCUGUGCUCUUUCGAGCUCAAUCAGUCGUUGAAGUGAAAAUUAGUUUGAAUUACGUAGAAUCGGCGAGACUCAAUAGUAAUACCACCAAAUUUUCUGUUAGAUCUUGUGGAUAUUACGAUGGUCAUAGAGCACCUGACACUUUGAGGGUCAAGAGAAUAUUUAGGUUGGAUGAGGCUCAUCAUCGAGCGCGACUUGAUACGCUCUCAGGUAAAAAUGGAGAUUAUGAAUUUGAAGGUCUCCUUCGUUAUGGACGGGAAAUUUGCACGGACAUUCCCAUAAUUCUCACGGAUGGAACGAAAACAAAUCCAAUCGACAUUUCUGCAUCCGUGACUCUGAUGGAUACAUCUGUUACCCUCAACAAAUAUCGUUCAAAGAUUGAAGACACCGUGCGUCUUCCCUUCGAUGUCGACUGCGGCUCUGAUAACGUUUGUUUGUCAAAUUUGACUUUACACGUCUCCACAUCUCUCGGAAAAGGAAAUCGAUACAUCAUAGGAGGGGAAAAGACGGUGAAAGUGUCCAUCGAUGUUGAAAAUCACGGAGAGGCUGCUUAUGAGACUCAGGUGCAUGUAACUUUACCGGAUUUCCUCUCUUUGGCAAGUCUACCCGCCAGCUGUGAGGAGACUCACUUGAUCAAUGGAUCUGUCGAGGUGGUUUGUGGCAUCGGAAAUCCACUCCGUCUCCAGACAACACUGGUACUCGAAUUAUCCAUGAGUCAAGUUGAAGUUGAGUCAGAGCACUAUUCAAGCUCGAUACAAGUGCCGAUUCAUCUCACAACCCAGAGUACGAAUGUUAAUCAUGAAAGAGGAAGUGACAAUUUGGUUAUUAAUCUUGCGAUGGAGGCGAACGUCGACAUCACCGGAAAGGCAGAACAGAGUAUUUACUCGUACUUGAACCCCUCAGGGGAUACAAAACUCGAUGUUAUCCAGUUCAAUCACAUUUAUGGAGUCCAAAAGCUGGGAAUAACUCCGAUUCAACAAGCUAUUCUAAUUGUUCUCGUGCCCACGCACUUGAGAAAAUCAGAAAAUGAAAUAAUCGAAAUAGCGAAGAUAAACGCAACGACCCUGAAAUUUUUUGAUUCAACGAAUCGAAAUGACAACGACUAUGUUUGCAAAAUGGAAAGAAUUGGAGUGAAUGAGAAGAAAAUUAUCACGAAGGAGUCGAGUAAUUUCACUCAUUCUGUGGACGCUUCUUUGAGGAAUCGUGCGUUGUUUCUCAACUGCGAUAAUGAUGCAAUUGAUUGUGUCAAUGUCACGUGUCUCAUGGACGUUCCAAAAGAAUCUGUCACUCCCUCUGCAAUUGCGGAAUUACAAUUAACGAUUGAUUUGUUGUUGAGAGACAUCCCUGAUGAUAUAACAGCUUCGAAAGACAUUAUAUACUUCGUAUCAAAGGGAUCAGUGAUGAUAACUCACCCUUCACAAGUCAGUGAAACCUCUGAAAUGGGGGCAAAGUCAACCCUGGUUGUAACUAAAUUCCUGGAGACUGCUGCUGCUGCUCAAGUAACAAUCUGGAUAAUUGUCGUCUCUGUACUCGUCGGAAUUCUUUUACUGGCCCUUCUGAUAUUCGCUUUGAUAAAACUGGGAUUUUUCAAUAGGAAACAUAAAGAAGAAUUGGAGGCAUUGAAGGCUGACUCUGACGAAAACAAUGAGGUGCCCCUCGAGACGACCUCAUCAAAACAAUGGUUUCUAUUUAAGGAUAUCCAAAUAAAUCUUCAUGUUAAUGUUUUUUCUAAUUCCAUCUUAUUUUAUAUGUAUAUAUUUUGUAUCUUCCUUCAUAUACCACAUCAUUUUGUAACACUGAACAGUCUUAACGGCACGUUCAUCCGUUUAUCUCUGACUUUAUCACUAUUCCCAUCAUUUCGAAGGAUGCUACGUUUUCGUGGGAAUUUCUCUUGGUUUUUCGCACUCAUAUUCGUCAUUUUUUGGGGUAAAUCCUGGGGAUAUAACAUCGAUAUCAAGGGAACAGUUGUGUUUAGUGAUCCUGGGCGGGGGAAUGACAACCGGAAAAGUUAUUUUGGUUACGCAGUGGCACUUUAUCCCAGCAGCUCUGAUCCUGUGGUGCUCGUGGGCGCACCCAGGGCCAAUGUCAGUAGAUUAGGGAGAAUUCAGGAACCGGGAGCUGUGUAUCAUUGCCAUUUUGAUGGGACAUGCAAAGAGUGGGUGCUUAGUGAGGCCCGAAAUGGAAGAGUGAAGGGGCUUACUGAUGUCAAUCAAAGACUCGAUGGGGCCUGGAUUGGAGCUGCCAUUUCUGUGGAGAAUAACACGACCCCUGGAGUUGUGGUUUGUGCGCCACAAUGGAAAAACGUUAUUGCUAAAUAUUACUACGAGAAUGGACUGUGUUAUUACACGGUUGCAAAUAAUUCCCGUGCAUUUCAAAGAACUGUGGAUUCGAUAGUAAACGUGUUUGCGGGUCGCAAUGAUCAGGUAGCAUUCGAUGAUCGGGGUGAGAGCUACAAUCUGCGAGCGAUGGGGAUGAUGGGAUUUUCAGUGUACGAAUUUACCGACGAACAGGGCAAGCAUUGGGUCACAACCGGAGCACCUGGUUAUCACGAGUCUGCGGGUAAUAUUGUCCUGUUUUCAAGGAAUGAAAACGGGAGGAUUGAGUCAGUUGUACCUAAGGAUGUCGAGGGUGCUGGGGAAGCUGUGAUUGGGUACAGUGUGACGUCUGGUUUCUACUUCGACGCAAACAGAAAAGAGAGAUGGUACGUUGCAUCGGCCCCUCGAACGAAGGACGUAAUGGGAUCAGUCUUGAUAUUUCGAUUCAAUGGCAAUAAGUCGGUGAAAAAACCGAUGAUAAUCCGAGGAGGACAGGUGGGAGAGUAUUUCGGUGCUUCAGUGACGUCCUGCGAUGUUGAUAAUGAUGGGAGAGAUAAUUUAAUCGUUGGAGCUCCAUCGUGGAGCAGAAACGGAGACGAGGGGCGAAUUUAUGUUAUUUCAGCGAGAAGAAAUUCAAAUGGCUUCGACAGGACUUCAAUCGAUGGAAAAUUCGAGGGAGUUCGAUUUGGAUCGAGCGUGGUAUGUCUAGGUGACCUGGAUCACGAUGGCUAUGGUGAUGUUGCUGUUGGGGCACCGUAUGAGGAUGAAUCCGGCGCUGUUUAUAUUUUCAACGGUGGUCGUUACGGUUUGUCGACAGAGCCAAGUCAAAAAAUCCUCGGCAGGGAUUUGGGCAGUCUGAGAGGCUUUGGAAUGGCCAUUUCUGAACCGAGAGAUGUUGAUGGAAAUGGUUAUCCUGAUAUUGCUGUUGGGGCUUACAGAUCUGGCCAUGCGGUGCUCUUUCGAGCUCAACCAGUUGUCAAAGUGAAUAUUAGCUUGAAUUCCGUCGACUCUACGAAGCUCAAUAGUUCUACUACCAAUUUUUUUAUUAGAUUCUGUGGGUAUUACGAUGGCCAAAGUGUACCUGAGACUAUGAGAGUAAUGCGAAUCUUCAAACUGGAUGAGACCCUUCACCGAGCGAGGCUGGCUACACAUUCCAUUACUAACGGAACCUAUGACCUCGAAGAUGUUCUCCGCUACAACACUAAAAUGUGCAACGACAUUCCAAUAAUUUUGGAGAGAGGAAUGAAAACCAAACCACUUGACAUUUCCGUGUCCCUGACACUGAUGAAUGAAGAACCAGCUUCAGGCUUCUGUAAGAGAUGUCCCAUAAUCAAUAGAAAAAUUUCGAUAACCGAGGCAUCUCUUCGAGUAAAUUUCGAUCUUGAUUGUGGUCCCGACAACAUUUGUCAUUCCAACCUAACGUCAAAAGUUUCCACUUCCCUUGGAGAUAGCAAUAACUACAUUAUGGGAAGAGAGAAGAUAGUGAAGGUUUCCAUAGACAUCAGGAAUUAUGGUGAACCUGCCUAUGAGGCUAAGGCACAUGUCCUCUUAUCCGAAUUCAUUGCCCUGUCUAGCAUACCUUCUACUCCUUUUGCUGAUUGCAAGGAGACACCAGUGGUCAACGGAUCUGUUGAAUUGGUUUGUGCACUUGGAAAUCCAUUUCGACAGCAGACCACUCUAACACUAGAAUUAGACAUGAGUCAACUCAAGACUGAAUCAGAAUUAUACACAGACUCAAUAUCUGUGCCCACUAGACUGUCGACCGAGAGCAUAAACGAUAAUGAUGAGAACGAAAUUAAUAAUUUGAUUAUUCACCUGGUCAUCGACAGUGCCCUCAACAUCACUGGACAAGCCAAAGACAGUUAUUAUUCCUACUUCAGCACCUCCGAGGACAACAAAAUCGAUUUUAUUCAGUUCGAUCACAUUUAUGGAGUUCAAAAACUGGGAAUAACUCCGAUUCAACAAGCUAUUCUCAUUAUCCUCGUGCCCACGCACUUUAGAAAAUCCAAAAAUGAAAUAAUUGAAAUAGCGAAAAUCAAUGCGACGACUUUGAAAUUUUUUGAUUCAACGAAUCCAAAUGACAAUGACUACGUUUGCAAAGUGGAAAAAAUUGGAGUGAAUGAGAAGAAAAUUAUCACGGGGGAGUUGAGUAAUUUCACCAAGUCUGUGGACGCAUCUUUGAGAAAGCGUGCGUUAUUUCUCACUUGCGAUAAUAAUGAAAUUGAUUGUGUCAAUGUCACGUGCUCCAUGGACGUGCCAAAAGAAUCUGCUAAUUCCUCUCUAAUCGCAGAAUUGAAAUUAACGAUUGAUUUGUUGUUGAGAGACGUUACUGAUGAUUUUGCGGCUUCGAAAGACAUCAUAUAUUUCGUAUCAAAUGGAUCAGUGAUGAUUACUCACCCCUCGCGAGCUAGUGAAACGUCUGGAAUGGGGGCGAAUUCCACCCUUAUUAGCACUCAAUUCCUGGGAACACCUGUUGCAGCUCCAGUUGCCACUUGGGUAAUUGCUAGUUCUGUUGUGGUUGGAAUUGUUCUGCUAGCACUUGUGAUAUUCGCUCUUGUCAAACUCGGAUUCUUCAGACGAAGGCAGAAGGAGGCUUUGGAGGCACUGAUGGCUGAUUCAGAUGUAAAUAGACACAAACAUUUGCCAACUGUUGAAAUAUGGGGAUAAGUUGAGCUAUUAACGCAAUGUUCGUUCAUAGCAAUCAUAUUAGCACAUCCACCCACUUUUCGUUGUAUAAAUCAAUGUUUCGAGUCUGUAGUAACGAUUUUAUAAAAAAUGUGAGUCGCUUUUGUAUUGAUUUUCAGAGAAGAGACGGCAUAGUCAUAGAACCUACGUCAUCAAAGGAGUGUCUAGAUCAAGAUUAAACAUCACAAAAGUUGUUUUUUUUUAGAACAGUUGAUUCAUCAUGAAGUAAUUAUCAAUUUAUUUCUCUCAUUGUGCCAUAUUUCCGCCCUUCUCCUAGACUUUUCUAACAGCAUAUAUUAAUUUUAAAUAAACUAUGUCCAUAAACAACGAUCUCCAGUGAUUUAUGCUCUCUUAAGGCCACAAAAUAUUUAUAAAAAUAUACGAUUAAUCCUUCUAAGA